AUGACUGAUUAUAAGAUCCUUUUGGUGUUGUUUAUAAUGGUGAAUGAAGCAAUGGGAGGAUUAAACACAGACCUAACAGCAACAGAAUGUGGGAAUCUUAUCACUAUUCUGAGCAUUGAUGGAGGUGGCAUUAGAGGGAUUGUCCCUUCAGUUAUUCUUCAAUAUCUUGAGGCUGAACUUCAGAAAAGAGAUGGGAAUGGAAGGAUCUCAGAUUAUUUUGACGUGAUAGCUGGGAGCAGUACAGGUGGACUUAUAGCUUCAAUGCUGACAGCCCCUCAUCCUUUUCACAAAAAUCGCCCUCUCUUCACUGCUCCUCAAAUCCUUCACUUCUACAAACAAUUUGCCCCUCUUAUUUUCAAUCAAACCAGGCCAUGGAAUAUGUAUUUCACGCACGGUCCCAAGUAUGAUGGAAAGGGGUUACGUCACUUAAUCAGAUCAAAACUUAACCAAACACGACUUAACCAGACAUUGACAAACGUUGUAAUUCCAACCUAUGAUCUCAAGCUCUCACAUCCCACAAUAUUUUCAAGCUUCCAGUAUUCGGAUGUGUUGCUCUCAGAUAUAUGCAUAGGGACCUCAGCUACACCCACAUAUUUUCCAGCACAUCAUUUUAAGAACAAUGGUCGUGAGUUCAAUUUGAUCGAUGGCAUUUUCAUGGCCAAUCACCCGGCGCUGAUUGCAAUUAGUGAAGUGAAACAUGCACAGGAGAAGAAGGCAGAGUUGUUUGGGGCGAAGAAAAGUGAUAGAAAAUUCUUGGUGCUAUCUUUAGGAACUGGGAAAUCAGAAUCUUCCAAUAAAUAUGAUGCAGAAACUACAGAAAACUGGACUGGUUAUGAAGGGUUACGACCUGUAUUGCAAAUAUCUAUUUUCGAUUCUCCUACCUACAUGACUGAUUACUAUCUUGCCAGUACUUUACAAACCGUUAUAGACCAGGAGAAGUAUCUUCGAAUUCAGGAAUAUGAAUUAGAUGAGGGGAUGAGUUCAGUAGACAAUUGCACAAGAGAGAACUUGGAUAAUCUUGAAAGAGUUGGGAAGAAGCUGUUGGAAAAGCCAGUUUUAAGAGUGAAUGAGGAAACGUUUGAGCUUGAGAAAACAGGUCAAGCUACCAAUGUGGAAGCCCUACAAAGGUUGGCUGAAAUUCUAGAUGAAGAAAGGAAGCAUCGUUUGGCAAAGAAAUCACAGAAAAUGAUAGAGAGGUUCGCUUUCUAA